AUGUGUGCUGUCUCUCUGUGGUUCUCUGGGGAAGGGGAGGAGGGCCACACAGCCACCACGGGGGCGGCAGGAACACGGAAGGGGAAACAGCGCCACGCGGGCGAAGGACCGGAAGGCAGGCAGCGGACGAGGCGCUGUCUCUGGCAGACACAGGGGACCAGCGGGGAGAGGAUAAGUCCGGCGAAGGCAGGGGAGGGGAGGCAGGGGCGCCGCAGAGGCGAACACCAAGGAGGGAAGCAGGGGGAGGGGAGACAGCAGCCGGCAGAGCCAGCCGCGAACGUGCGCAGCCACGCCCGCCCCGGGCCCAGCAGCAGGCCAGCGGCAGAGCCAGGCCGCGAGCGCAAGCCACGCGACCGCCGGGCCGAAGCAGGCGCAGCCGGACAGAGCCAGCCGCGCACGCGAAGCCACGCGACCGCCGGGCCGAAGGCAGCAGGCCAGCCGGCAGAGCCGCCGGCGACGCGCAAGCACCGGCGAGCCCCGGCCCAAGCAGAGGCCAGCCGGCAAGAGCCAUCGCGACGCGCAAGCCACGCAACCCCCGUGCCAACAGCAGGCCAGCCGGCAGAGCCGCGCGACGCGCAAGCCACGCGACCCCGGGGCCGAAGCAGCAGGCCAGCCGCAGAGCCAGGCCGCGACGCGCAAGCCACGCCCGGCCCGGCCAACAGCAGGCCAGCCGGCAGAGCCAGGCCGCGAGCGGCACGCCACCCGCGACCCCCGGGCCCAAGCAGCAGGCCAGGCGGCAGAGCCAGCCCGGGACGCGGGGGCAAAAGGGGGCCCAACCCGCCCGGCCCCCCCGGGCCCCAAAGCAGCAGGCGGCGGCAGAGCCAGCCGCGACGCGCACGCACGCACCCCGGGCCCAAGCAGCAGGCCAGGCGGCAGAGCCAGCCGCGACGCCCAAGCCACAGCGACCCCGGGCCAAGCAGCAGCACCGGCAGAGCCAGCCGCGACGGGCAAGCCAAGCGACCCGGGCACCAAGCAGCAGGCAGCCGGCAGAGCCAGCCGCGCGCGCAAGCCACGCGACCCCCGGGGCCCAAGCAGCAGGCCAGCCGGCAGAGCCAGGCGGCGACGCGCAAGCCACGCCCGCCGGGCCCAAGCAGCAGGCCAGGAGGAGACAGAGAAACCACAGCGACAGCGCGGGGGCAAAAGGACGAAGGGAGGACCAGAGGGGCCACAGGGCGGGGCGAAAGGAGGACCACGAGAGAGGAAGAGGGGGACCAGAGGGCGCGGGGCGAAAGGAGGGCACGGGGAGGGAAGAGGGGCCAGGGGCGAAGGCAGAGACAGGGCGGCGAGGAAGCAGCCGGGGCGCACCACCACGGCAGCACCGCACGGCGCAGAGACACAGACAGCGGAGGCGGAGGGAGAGCCCGACGUAGAAAAACGGGGAGGGAGGCAGGGGCACCAAGGCAGGGGGCCAGCACAAAGGGAGGGCCGGGAGGGCGCGCCGGACAGGCACGGACGCGCGCGCGAGUAGGAACAGGGGAACGCGCCGGGGCCGCCACCGCGGGGCAGGGGGAGGCAACGGAGCGCACGGGGAGGCCCCGAGCGGAGGGAGAGGAGAGGCAGCAGAGGAGCCGAGGGGCAGGGAGAGGCAAAGAGCAGGCAGAGAAACCAACCAACACGGGGAGCGGAGAGAAGCCCCGCAAAAAAAGGGAGGGGGAGGCGCAGCGAGGGGGCGCGGGGAGACACAGGGAGGGGAAGGAGGAGCGGCGGCAGGGGGGGGGCCCACCGGGAAGCAGGAAAGGAGGAGGGGGGAGGGGGGAGGGGGGGGCGGGGCGGGGGACACGGGCGUGGAGGGAGGGAGAAGGCAAGGCACACGGAACCAGCAGGGCGACCACAGCAGGCGGCAGCAAUAGAUCACCAGCCCAGCGAGGGGGACGGAUGUGGGGACGAGGGAGGGCAACAGGAAAAGGACCUUCAACACACCGUGCCAGGCGGGGGGGGAAGGGCGAGGGGACCAAGAAGGCAGAGGGAGGGAGGCGGCAAGAGCAGGACCGGGCCGCCACAAGCACCCACCCAGGGAGAGGCGGGGAGGAGGGGGACCACAGAGGAAGGAAAAGCAGCCAACAAGGGGAUCAGCGCAGCAGAGGGGGAAACGCCGGGGAGACAGCGAACCCAAACGGGGAGAGACCUGAGAGCCAGCCGGCCCAGCCGGGCGAAAGGGGGGAAGCCAAGGGAAACAAACAGAGCCAGCGGACCAGGGCGAAGCCCACCGGAGCCGGCGCCGCGGGGCGGGGCCCGCAGCCACGCGCAAGGCCGAAAGAGGAGCAGAACAGCCAGCGAGAAAAGAGGGACGGGCAGCGGGCGGCAGCCGACCGGACCAAAGGCGGGGCGACGCGGGCAAAGCACGGGAGGCGGAGCGACAGACGGAAGAGCCGGGCGGCGGCAAGAGGACGGCCCGCGCGGGGGCACCGACGACGGCGCAGAGAGGAGGGCAGGGGCCAAGCAGAGGGCCGGGGGCCGGACCGGGCAGCGCGAGUGGUGGUGGUGUGUGGCCACAGGGGUGCUAAGGCGGGGCCGAACGCGCGGCGCGGGAACAGACAAGGAGGGCGCGCGGGCGCGGGGAGGCGUCGGAGCCACCGCGACGCAGACGACACAAGGCGGGGAGACAGCGGGCCCGGGGGGGACACGGGGGAACAAACGCAAACAAGCGGCAAGGGCCAGACAAACGCGAGGAGGGCAGAGGGGGAGGCGCACGAGGAGGCAACAAGUUGUGUAGAAUAA